GCUUUCAAGCUCAGCAAGCGUCAGCCCCUUAAUACGUAGCAGAGAGGGGACCGGAUGCGAGUUGUGGGCGUGAUGCUAUAUAUUUCCCAUGAUUGCCAAGGAAACAAACGAGGUGGGAGCGAACAGAGACGGUCGCAGGAAGCAACAGCUCGCCCUAGCCUAGCGGUAAGAAGAAUAGAAGUAUAUGAGCUUGAGUUCGUGACGAAGCCGACGAGGACAAUAACAAUGCUAGACUAAGGAGGCUACGCUGAAGAAGUCGAA